AAAGACCGUCCCAGGAGAAUCGGACCUCCAAAGUCCUGCCAGCAGCCUCUCUCUCGCAGCAUAUAUGGAAUAAAAAAAAGAAGAGAAUAGGGCCUUUUUCUCCUUUGGAUAUGACAAUUUAGGGUUUCAAUUCUCAACUCUCCGGGAAGAAAACGCAAGUUCCUUAUCAAUUUCCUGUCAAAGAUGUAAAUCUCUUCAUCUAAAGGAAGCUCCGAUCGGUUCAUAUCGAUCCAAUAAUCGAGAACGUCGAAUUCUGCAGCGAUUUCAUCAUUCGUGCAUGUCGGGCUUGCAUUUUCAUGUGAAACUAGACAACUUUCAUGUGCAGGGCCUGCAAUCAAACACUUUCGAUAUAGAGCAUGUUCGGUUGAAUACCAACUGGGAAGAUGUGACGUGCCCCAUCUGUUUGGAUUUCCCUCACAAUGGCGUCCUCCUCCAGUGCUCGUCUUACAAGAAUGGGUGCCGACCGUUCAUGUGCGACACAGACCACACACACUCAAACUGCCUUGACCGAUUCAAAAGCGCAAAUGGGAUGUCAAUGGCAGCAAAGGUUCCUUCAACUUCAGAUGCAACACUAUCUGAGGAAAGCACUCAGCCAACAACCACAAACACUAGUGUCCAACCGACUUGCCCCUUAUGUAGAGGAGAAGUUACGGGUUGGGUUGUUGUCGAUGAAGCCCGCAUUCAUUUAAAUAAAAAGAAUCGGUGCUGCCAGGAGGAACGCUGUUCAUACCUUGGAAACUACUCGGAGCUUCAAAAUCAUGCUAAGGUCCAACACCCUCAUGCUCGGCCAUCAGAAAUAGAUCCGGCCCGGCAACUUGAUUGGGAAAACUUCCAGCAGUCGUCUGAAAUUAUAGACGUUUUGAGUACCAUACAUUCAGAAGUACCGAAUGGAGUGGUACUCGGGGAUUAUGUGAUUGAGUAUGGGGAUGAUGACACAGGAGAUGAGUAUGAGGAUUUCCCGGGUGACAAUGGAAAUUGGUGGACGUCCUGUAUCUUGUAUCAGGUCUUUGAUAACUUUAGAACAUCAAGGAACCGACGGAGGUCCAGAAUCAGCAGAACAAGGAGAGGACGUCGGAGAUCGAGCUAUGAUGCUUCCAAUACAGAUGACAGUUCUGUGGCUUCUUUAGAGAUUGCCGAGUACCGAAUUGAUGAAACUGAUUAUGAUUAUGUGACUAGAGGUGUUGUCAGUAGGGGGAGCUCUAGUCAUCGCAGAGGGAUAGGUGGAUUGUGACCAUCCAUCUAAUGGUCCGUUCUGUGGUGGACCGCACUUCAGUUCAGAAUUACACCUAGUAAGCAGUCCCAUCUCGUCUGGUGGCCUUUGAAGCAGGUAGAGAGGAAAAGGUAGAAAUGGUUAAAAUGGAACAUCAUCAGCAAGGAUAUGGCAGGAGAAAGUGAUUGGUUAGUACGAGUUUGAACUGUGGGGUGUUCACGGUGCUGCCCACUAGAUGUGGGGCCUAGACCCAGGUGUACAUGUUUUCAUGCGUUGAAAUAUAUUCCUGUACUGACUAACUACUACUUUUUUCUUCGUCGAGUGGUUUUAAGAUGAUUGGAAAUUUACAACAAACAUACUUUUUUGCUCUCU